ACAACUCGGAAGAGACGCGGAAGUGAUCAACAUUAGCCUAGCUUGCUAGUUAGCUUAGCUUGUUAGCCGCUUACAAAGAGACGCGGACGUGUGAAAAUGUGCAAAGUAGAAAUGCUGAGAGUGUUGGUGAAGCAGCGACUAACUGCUGCUGUGGAAGAAAUAUUUGUAGUGUUAGAAAGUACCAUAGCAGAAUACGAGGAGGAACUUUCUAGAAGAAAAGAGGAGAACGAGCGACAACGUCAACUACUGGACGCUCUUUUCAACAAGCAUCAACAAACUGUUUGUAAUGAGAUGGAACAGGAGGAGACGGAGCCCCCCUGCAUUAAAGAAGAGGACGAGGAAGCUGAUAUCUCCGAGUUACCAGGCACUGCUGUCCCUGUGAAGAGUGACGAUGAUGAGGUCAAAGGUGAAAGUGUGGAGAGGAGAGAGGCGGAGCCUCCAAGCAGCAGCUCACGUCAACACAUGACAAAAGAAGGUGAUGGAGACCACUGUGGAGGAUCCCAAGCAGACUUAGCUCCACUGUCAGAUAGUGAGCAGACAACAACACCCUCUCCUGACACUGAUGAUGAAGUCUCUAAAGCCGAUGCUGAAGUAAAAUACUUCCCGUGCUUGGUUUGUGGGAAAGUGUUUACUCGAAAUGCAAGUUUGAUAUCACACAAAAGAACUCACACCGGGGAAAAACCUUUCAUUUGCUCAGUUUGUGGUAAAAAGUUCUCUGAUAAGAGCAACGUGAGGAAACACGUCCUGAUACACACCGGGGAGAAACCCUUUUCCUGCUCGGUCUGCAAAACAAGCUUCAGGUAUCGGACGACUCUGGUUCAACACAUGCGGACGCACACGGGAGAGAAACCUUUUGGCUGCACAGUUUGCGGUAAAAGAUUCUCCCAAAGGUCAACGCUGAGAGAACACACGAGAUCGCACACCGGAGAGAAACCGUUUUCAUGUUCAGUGUGCAACACAAGUUUUAGUUACCACUCGACGUACAUUCAUCACAUGAAGAGACACGCGACUGACAGUUUGCGUUGGGCCCCGUGAUGCAGUGUCCGGUGUGUCAAGUAGUUCAUGGGAACUUUUCACAUUCCUGCACCGUCACUGAUUCAAAUACAGAGUUCUUCAAAUUUGAGGAAUAUUUCUGUUCAACAAAA